AUGCUUAGUUUAUUAAUGUUACUGCUGGCCAUUAUGACUGCCGUGACGGCAACCGGCGGCAACAAACAGUCCGCACAAACCACGGUAAGCUCGUUUAGAAAACUUUUUAUAAAAUUUUUCAGGGGCGUAGCGUGAGACUUUGUAGGUGUAGGCACGCGGGGAAGGAAAGUUGUAGUGCCGAAGGCGGCCCACCGUAGGUAAGUCUCGGAAAUGCCACUUUCAGCGUUUUCUGCAGGAUAUUUUCAGUAGAUUUAUACUUAGGAAAAGCAAUUAGUUGUGUAUUUUUCCUAACUCUAGUGUUGUCGGUAAGGUACAGUGUUUACGGGAAAAAAAGGCCAGUGACGUCAUCAGAAUUAUGGAAAAAUAAAAGACAUACAUACUAACACAACAUACAUACUAACACAAGGAUUCGGUAGUGGCGAAAAAUGUAUCAUUCAUUCCGAUUUAAUAAUAAAAAAAUGCUUUUUCAGGAAAUAAAAAUAUAUUUGUAUUAUACCAAGUCAUUUCACAUGAGAUAAUUUUCUUGAGCGCGACCAAGAGUUGUACGUGGUGGCGUACUGGUCUAAAGGGGCGAGCACAUGGUAAAGCACGGUUAAAAACUAUGACACCUGGAACGCCCUAGAUUCUGAUUGGUUAGAAACCAGAUACGUUCCAUACCUGCCGUGUGAACCUGAGGAAGUAAGUGCAUUGUCAUAAAAUCCCAUUAUGAUGACGUCAUAAUGUUGUCUUUUUUUUCAUAUUUUAGCUGUACAUGUCCGCACGGGCGUAUGUGAUUAUAUGGACGCGCGGACGCUAUGCCCCUGACAUUUGACAAUAGGGAGCUUAAGCAACGAUGACGGCGACGUCAACGAGAACGGCAAAAAAGCAAAAGGUUUAGAUUGGCAAAACAACAACUUUGCCCUUGCAUCACGCUUUAAUUUGUACAUUUCUUUGCCGUCACUGCACGACUACGACGUGAAAAUGCCUAAUUUCAAAUUUUGUGGAGGACUUAAACACAAGACAAGGACUCUCUCUUUCUUUUCCUGACCUUUGAUGCAGAGUUUUAGAAUUAAACUCCAGAAAUAGUUGCCAACAUUUGACGAAACAAACAAGAUGAAAUAAACGCGAUAAAGUUUAACGCAUCGCGACUCCUCUUCUUAAGUGACUUUUUCGUAGCCGUCGCCUUCGUUGUUGCUUAAGCUCCCUAAUAAAGCUAUGAGAGGUGAAGAUAACACCUAUUUAACCCGGAGUAGUCAAGUGAUACAAAUAGGUAUCGAUUUUUCAAUCGAUAAAUCAAUAAAAAUCGGUAAAUCUGAUUUGAUUAAUGUCAAUCGGUAGAAAUCGCUGACACACUCGUUUCCCUUAUCGAUUUAUUUUGAUUUUUACCGAUUUGAUCGAUUCAUAUCGGAAGAAACAUCUGUUCAUCAGUUCAUUAAACCUGAAUUCACGCAAAUAGUAAAUUUAUUGACAAUUGAGUGGCAAUUAAGAGUCGAAGGAUCAAACAUCUAUCACUAUAUUGUUGAUCAAACAUUAUCACUUAUAGAGAAAUCUUUCCUUUAAAACCAGGUUUAAAAUCUUCUUCUGAUGGCUAAUAUUGGUCAAGCCGUUGUAGGCGUCCAGUUUUUCAGAUCUACCACCCUUUCAAAAUAACGUGGGUGUAUAGAUCCGGGUGCAGUUACAUCCUGGAGGACCCGUACGACCCCGAGUAGUCAAUGGGUAAAAAUCGAAAUCGAUAAAAUCGUUAAGAAUCAAGUGAUUUUUAUCGAUUGAUAGCCGAAAACGGUGAAAAUAUAUCGCGGAAAAUCUUUGAGCCUGAAUCCGACUCGAAGGAAUGCCUGACAUUUACGCCUUUUUUUAUAAAGGGUUUUAGAGAGAAACUUGUGUGUAAUAGUUUCCACAUUUCUCAUUUUCAUGUUUGCUGAUCAGCUGGGUAACUCGUGGCUGUGUUUUCGUAGCUGUACUCAGUCUGACUCAUGCCAAAAAGAAAACAAUGGCGGACUUCCGUUAUAAAUCGUUAAAGCCUUAAAUAAUCGAUAAUAUCAAUUUGAUACAGCAAUUCAGUUCAUUAAUUUUCACCGAUUUCCGUUAUCAAUCGAUAAAAAUCACUUGAUUGCUACCGAUUUUUAUCGAUUGACUACUCCUGGUAUUUAAGUAGCAGCCAGGAAAAGCCAACAUAUGAAAAUGAAAAAUUUUCCACCUUUACUGAAUCUGAGACCUUAGGAAAUUCAAAGUUUCAGAUGCACAUUAGUUCGUUGGACAAAAAUUUUUCUGGAGAUAAGGUAAGCUAUUAAUAGCUGUUUCUACUAAAAGUACACAUACCGGCCUUUCUGUCUUUCAGCUCUUUGCGAACUAAAGCUAAAUACAAUCAGGAUCAAUCAGUCGCAGGAUAAGAUAUAUUUUUAAUAAUUUUUUAUAUUUUCUUGUUUGAAACUAGCAGUCUCCAUCGUUUUGUUAUGGUGGUUGUGGCAUUCCCGGCAUGCCCGGCAAGCAUGGUACUCCUGGGGCACCAGGCCGCGACGGACGAGAAGGACGUGAUGGCCGUGAUGGAGCUAAAGGUGAUCAAGGAUUGCAGGGGAAGACUGGACCUCAGGGACCUCCUGGUGAUAAGGGACCUGCUGGUGUAAAGGGAGAGGAAGGGGCUAAAGGAGAACCUGGGGCCAAGGGUUCCUCGGGUCAGAAAGGGGAACCUGGUCCGAUGCCGUUUAAGAAUUGGAAAGAAUGCGUCUGGAAAAACUUGAAUGAUGGAAAGGACAAUGGUCUGAUCAAGGUGAGUCGUGCAUUUGCGAUUUAUCGGCAUACAAUUAUCAAAUUUACACACAAUAUAGAGCAUGCAGCAGCCAUUUUUCAGAAGGCCUUUUGCUUGCCUAGUGCAAAUACCAACAAACAGCUAUUGGCUUCUGGAAUGCUCUCUCAUAAGAGGACAUCCUCUAUAUAGGGGCCUAGUUACACACGUAAGUUUGUAUAAAUUCUGUCGGUAGAAUUUUGAGCGCAUAAGGUACUCUUUCCUUCAAUGUCAAUGGUUGGUUAUUAUCAAAACUUGAAAAAAAGACUUUUAUAGUAAUUGCAAAACAAGAUAAAUAUAGGAAUAAGAAAAUACCAUUUCAACUAAUCCGAGAAAAAUUAGGCGAUGAAUUCCUGCGUGGCAAAAUAUGUUUGAAAGGGAGGGGAGCGGGAUUCCGGGCGCGCGACAAGCGCGAAAGUCAGUCCCUCGCGCGCUGUCUCGCGCCGAGAUUCCCUUCCCCUUCUCUUACAAACGCCUGUCACCCAUGCUGUGCAAUGAGUUACAAUUUCGGCAUGCUUCAAUGAGAGCUAUGUAUGUCCUUGUUUCCUGUCAUAUUUUUAAAACUCAAAAUGCCCGAAGGCCUGAAAUUUAUUUCCCGGUAUCCAGUACAAUUUAGCUACUUACUUAUGUGGGGCAUAAAGACUGCAAAGAUCCAACGCUGUCCGAGCCUAAUUGCUCGCCUCUACCAAUUCCUUUUUUAAGGUUCUUCUUCAGGUCGUAUUUCAGUCUGCACGGUUGUUUUUCUCCAGUUUGUUCGCCCCUCCCCCCCUUGGGUAUGGGUGUAGGGUUAACUACUCCUCACCGUAAAAUCAUGGAUAAUAGAAAGACUGGAUAGGAAACUUAUGUCACGUGGGCCGAUUUCUUACCGCUGAUUGGUUGUUUCGUGCCGCGAGAUGGCGUUGGAUGGUUCCAUCAUAGUGGAAGUUUGUGACGAAACGAUGGCGAAAAUGUGGCGCAAACCAGUCGAAAUGUAGGGUUUGUUUGCCUGCAUGUUGUUCUUUUUCGGAGUUUUUAGUGCUGCUUUAAUUUUUGGUGUAUGUUUUUCCCUUCGUUUGUCGUGUUAUGGCGAUGGCAACCCUUCAAAGCCACACUUGAACCUUCGAGGUAAGCACUUCUUGUUGUUGUUUUGUGUUAUUUGUCCUUGUUUUUGAGAAAAUUGCGCCCCAAAAAUUCACCUUACCAGAGCCAUAUUUAGUACACUUGGCGACUGUUUUGGGACGCCUUUAUUAAGACGGUUCCUUCCUCUUUCUAUUCGUAACUACGACUGACAGAUCCUUCAAGGAUGGAAUUGUGGCAUAGGCAUAGUUACAGACUGAGUGCUGUUAUUUUCCAGCCAUACAUUUCGAUUGAAAAUGGCUGAAAUAAACUACAUUCGGAACUGGCCCCGAGCGAGUGUACGUACACGGUGUGUAAAGUUUCAAUCGACAGACUAGUUUGUGUUGAAAACUGUUUCGCUCAAGUAAUAUGCUAAUUGUUCGUAAAGCAAUAUGUUAAUUUCGGUCAUCUUUUAAUGUUGAAAUAACCUGCUAAAUUACAUAUUCAGUGAAUACAAUCGCCUCACGUCGCUCCUCGCAGCUUGUAUUCGAAGGCACUGAAGAGACUCGAAUAAGUUUUGUACUUUUCCCUUACAUAAACAAAUAAUUGUAUCAUGAAUGGGAAAACACCUACUAACAUUUUUUGGCCUCCGUUUGGGCUCCUAAACGUUGUUGUUAUUAUUUAAACAGUGUUUUAGUUUUCCUUUUGUUUGUCUUUAUUGUAGGAUUUGCUGAACACAUUUAGUCAUUAGAAUGAAGACAGUAUAAUUGUGGUCAAGUACUCUUCUGAGAGGGCACAAACCAAUCAAUCUUUCUGUAUUAAACAGCAACUUUUGUUAUGCAUGAGAGCCAGAAGGUGGCAUCUAAGUUUCCAACCAAAGAUGGACUUGAUAGCACUAUUAUUGUAUUCGUUUUUUUAGAGAUCAAAGCAACAAUGUACCUGUACCAAGAUGUAUUCUAAAUCAAAUUAAUAAAACAUAUACAUGUACUUGUUUGGGGUAUGAAUUUUUUUUUCAACAACAUGAUAAUCUGACCACAGACAGUCAAGUAUUUUUUCAAUCCCUCAUCCACUUACCUCAGACUAAACAAAAGCCCUGGAUGUUACUGUUUUUUUUUUAUAACCAGCUUCUUUUUUUUUUGGGAACAGUGUUUAUGUUUAUUUCAGAGGUGAUUUACAGUAUCCCCUAUCCAUGUCACUAACAUUACAAUACAAAAACUUUAACUUUGUUUCAUCCUAAAAAAAAAGGUCAGCAUCUCAAAGAUAAUAUGUUUCUAAGUUUUAUUAAGCCUUAUGGAAGACAAGUGUUUCCUCGUGAAAAAGAAGUGAAGGCCCUUCUAUUACACCAGGAGAGUUGUAUUCUAGUAGUUAACAAGUAACCGUUGUAUAUAACAUUUUUACAAGCGUUGCAGUUAGUUUUUUUAAAGACCUGACUAAAAAGUACCUUGGGUCAUUGUACAUUUAUACCUGAAAACAACAAAACAACUUGCUUUACGAUGAAAAUUGAGUUGAAAAAGUUAGAAACGGCGUUUCCACGGUGGUCCACAAGCAAAUUUACUUUCUCUGCUGUGAGCUUUUUAUCCCCGCUUUUUAUACAUUUCUCAGAUACGGCUUCUUGUCACUGGUUGUCCGUAAAUGAUUUGAAUAGAAAUUAAACACUUGUUUGAGUUGGGUACUUGAAACAUCAAGCCUCGACAGUUUUACCGCUAAUAAAAUCAUUUUGCCAAGGGUUAUUAACUUAUAAAAUUCGACACUCGAUGAGGUUUUCGAUAAAAGCAGAAAGGAAAUCGUGAAAACCGUGAUAAAAAGAGUUAAAAUAAUUUCCGGUGUUCUUGUGGUUUGUAGAAUAUUAGGCUGUGCCUUUUUUUAUAGGUGUUUUGUAUACAUGUACGUUUUCGCAUAGUUUUUAUGUAGCUAGGCUUCCCGUUUGGUACAUAAAAUUAUCGGGCGCUGGAGUCAUUCUUCGCUCUCACAAGUUUCAUAAUCAUUUACUCUGUCUUUUGCGGUUUUGUACCCUUAAACUAUCUUCUCCAAGAACAAUUCCUCUUCAUCCUUUACUUCAAAACAUGGGCAACCUGUAUAUAUGAAAUAAGCGAUGAAAAAUAAGAUGCGCAAAACAUCGGAUCCAGAUGUAAGAGGUUGAAUGGCUCUCGAAAACAUGACGUCACACUUUUCCACUAUGUUGGAACCGGUCGCGUCAGCCAGUUUCCUAUCCAGUCUUUCCAUUAUCCAUGGUAAAAUAAGAUGCAAUUGCUGAAACUAUGGCGACAAUCAGAAUUUAGGUGUCUGAGCAGAAUUACCAAAGUGAAGCAAUUUUUGCGAGCACUGCCGACAGGCAGAAUGAACUAUUUAACGUUCAAGCAGAUUUUAUACUUAGCUUAGCCUACCGUAGCCAAAAUUGUCAGUAAAUCACUUCGCAAACUUUACUAAGUGGCCUCCUGUCCAUUGUCCGAAGAGGGUUACUUAUUAGUUCUACCGUAUAUAGCUGUUCAGCAACUGCGGCGGACUGGCUCUGCAAACAAAGAGGUACUUGGGCUUACACGUUAAAAGCCAGUGUCUGGUCAAGGAGCAGUUAGUCUCUUUCUGUGCAGUUAAUUGUGCGGUUAUUCAUACAGCAAAUAGCCUGUUCAGUCCAGGCGUUCAGAUAGUGGAGUGCGGCGCGAAGUAAGAGAGCGGGAAAGAUAGGCAGAAAGAGAGGGAUUCUCUCCUUCUCUCUCACCCCCUACCCCACCCCCUCGCUGUUUUUCCUGCUCACUUCUCUCGCGCGGCAGUCCCCUUUAUCUUAACGCCUGGAACAGGUUAUAUUGCAAGUAACUCUAGGGCUGUGAUAUUAACAAGUUCAAGCGACUGGGUGAGGCCAAGUUUUUUUUUGCAGACUUCAAUCUAGCGAAAAACUACGCCUGUAAAGUUUUUAAGAAUGUCACUAUUUUCGUCAGUGUUUAGGGUAAAGCUCUGGGGCUUCGGCAUAACAGAAGCGCGCUUGUGGGUGUGAUUACUGAACAGCUCUGAACAAAUGUCGUGACCUUCUUGAAAAUAAUUUCUUGCUUUGGUUCUACAAAAAAUAUAAGGGUUAACGUGUAACGGUUUCUCUGGCCUGUAUCUCAUGGUAAAACUCUCAGCCUAGUCUCUGCUACUAACAAGGACGUUUCAUUUCUCAGUUGACUCUGAAGACUUAUGCGCCGAUCAAUUCGAAACUUAAACAUCCCAAAGUAACCCCCCUGGCAUUUGAACUUUUUAAGGCAUGCCUGGUCAGAUUCUUCUUUUCUCCUGAGCAGAGAUUCCCGCUGGGUAUCCCAUUGUCCCACGCGCGCUUCCUUUUUCUCUCUCCCCAGCUUUCCUACGAUACAAAGAGGCCUUUGCUGAGGAGAGAAAAAUUCUCCUUACAGAUUAGCCCAAGGUAGUGGUCAGAUGCCUCUCCCGAAGAGGAAAUGUUUUGAAAAUAUAUGAUGUGUGGAUUAAUGAAAAGUACAUAUUUCGGAAGUCUUAAAGUAAGUCGGGCUUAUAUCUCCCAGUGAUAAUAUACUUUGUAUUAAAAAAGGGAGGGAAAUUGGGGUCAUGGUAACAAAACUGGAUACGUGUAGCUUUUGAAGUCCUUGUCGAACAAGCCAUUCGUUUACAAAAGAUGUGUCUUAAACUUUAAAGUCUUCCAUCUAAAGAUCGCAUCUAUCGAACUACGUUGUUAGACGCCGGAUCUUAAAAAGAAUUUAGCUUGAGGCUUGGGGUUCAAAUUCACCACCCCCGGGCACAAGUGAUGGUCAAAUGCCCGGGGUUUGCCGGGGAAUGUUAAGGUUUCGAAUUUGUCGGCACAUAAGAUUUCCAGCAACCAAUACGCGCGACAUCUGGAAUGUCAAAGAUCUAGCUGAAAACGGUCUCUAACGCUGGAUGAAGGGUUUGGAUUGGUGAAGAGAAGGACAAGCCAUUGACGGGGUCACCGUUUCAACGGGCUGCGUUGACGGGGCCAAGUGUAAAACCUAAGGGUGCUUGAUCAUGAUCGAUCUAUUCCUAGCCAGCAAAAUCUUGUAUAGCAAAUUAAGAAAUGCAUAAAGCAAGCCUGACUACAGCGCUAUUGGAUUACAUUACUCCCUUUUUCCAAAAAAGGAUGAAUUCAACCUCCCAGCUGUGGAGUCAGCCUUGCCUCUUCAUUUAUCAACUGUUUUAUUUGUCUAUCCACAACGACAACAACUACUAGCAGUUGCUAUUAGAUCUAAGCUAGAUCUAGGUUUUGGAUGUCAUGGAACAUAGAACAACGUGUUGCCGAGCCUCUUUAUUAAUAGAUUUUCUGUCAAAUUUUUUGUAUUUUUUUUUUGCAGGACUGUGUUUUCACCAAAAACUUUUCUGAUACUGCCCUUCAUGUUUACUGGACGGGUGCACUAAGGAUUGCCAGCUGCGAUGGCUGCUGCAAACGUUGGUACUUUACCUUCAAUGGCGCUGAGUGUUCUGCUCCUCUGCCAAUUGACGGAAUUGUCUACAUGGAGACAGGCGGUAAUAAAAAUCUCCAUCGCGUCCGCCAUAUUGAGGGGCACUGUAAUAACAUCCACAAAGGAAAGGUGCGUGUGGGAUUCUGGAUCGACAAUUGCCCCGGAUAUGGAAAUGCUGAUGGCUACACAGGAUACAUCUCAGUGUCCCGUAUUUUUGUUGAAGAGGUUCCUAAAGCUCAAGCUUAA